GAACCGGCAGGUGGCAGGGGCCUCCGGGGGCGGCGGAGGAGGCGGUGGAGGAGACCCGCGGCUCUCAGUGGCCGGCCGCCCUCGGUCGUGACCCCCUCUCAGUCUUCUUCCGACCUCAUCGCCGACGCCUCAUACCCGACCUCGACCCAGGUUAGGCCCGAGGCACUCGCUCCUCUUCCGCGGCCUCAUGUUGGACAACUCCGUCCAGAUUCUGAUCGCCCUCUUCGGCGGCUACGUCGUCACUUCGGUCAUCUUGCUCCGCAACCCGACCAUCCUCUACAGGAAGAAGAAGAUCAAAUUCACCUGCAGGCACAUCAGCCAUCGCGGAGGGGCUGGAGAAAAUUACGAAAAUACGAUUACAGCCUUUAAAAGAGCUAUCGCGUUAGGCACGGAUAUGUUGGAAAUCGACUGUCAUCUGACUAAAGACAACCAGGUGGUCGUGUGCCACGACAGCAAUCUACUAAGGAACACCGGGCUCAACAAGAACAUCUCCGAGCUCAACUACAGCGACCUGCCGCUGAUAAGCACGACAUUACCCAUCGACUUCGACCCAGGGUCCUCAUUCACGGGGAGCUGUCGAGAAGAUGAGAGGCGGAUACCCCUCCUCGACGAGGUCUUCGAAAGGUUCCCGUCGAUCCCGAUCAAUAUCGACGUCAAAGCUAACAACGACCUCCUCAUCAGGGAGAUCAACAGGCUGAUCACAAACCACAGAAGGGAGGAGAUUACCGUCUGGGGUAGCUUCAGUAACGACAUCACCUACAAAUGCUACCUCCAGAAUCCAAAGGUGAACCUCCUAUUCUCGUUGAGGCAAGUGGUCCGACUAAUCCUCCUCUUCUACACAGGCCUCCUUCCUUUCUUCCCCAUUAAGGAGACCCACUUGGAGAUUUUCCAGCCGUCUAUGUACCUCAAACCAGCAUGGAGAAGUCACUCAAGGGAGAGAGAGGGAAAUUUCAUGAUGACUUUGCCAACAUUUUUAGUCCACACAAUGGACUAUUUACUAAUGAGUAAAAUUUUAUUCGCUCAUUUAAGAAAACGAGGAAUUCAGACGUAUGUUUGGGUUCUGAACCAUGAGAACGAGUUCAAAAAGGUGUAUGACUUGGGGGUGACAGGGAUCAUGACUGACUACCCUUCCAAGUUGAAAAAAUUUCUCGACGACAACCCGGAUUACCGUUGUACAAAGGAUCCGCCGCAGGCGGACAAGGAAGAGUACUAAAUUGUUCGACUACCCCCUGACAAAAAUUUUGUGAUAAAAACUUAUACUAUCUAUCAAAACCAGAUGUAGCACAAUAUUGUGAUAAGUGUUUCCUUCCUUUUAAUUUGCAGAGAAUCAGACGGAGAAGAGAUUUUCAUUUUUUUUUUCUUUUUUAGGUCUAGACAAAUAUUUUGGAAUCACUUUACAAGAUCUCUUUUUAAAAUGAAACCAUGAAAGAUUUAUUUAUUGUUUAAUAAAAAUGACUUUUUUUUAUUAAAAUGAUGUCAU